AUGCGAAAAAGCGCUCUUGAAACACGGAAAAUCAAACCAACGAAAGCAUUCACAACUACAAGUGUUAAUACAGAAGAUCUACACGACAAGAACCAUACCAACGUGAUCGGGAAUCAACAACAAAACUGGACAACAACAACAGCAACAACAACAACAACAACGUCACCUGAACUAACAUCGAAACUGAUUCUACAUUAUAAACAUGAAAGACGCCUGCAAACAUAUCAAAAAGAUGUACAUGAAAUUUGGGAAAACAUUUUCAAAAACACACAUAUACUGAACAACAAACUCAUUGUAGCACAUAAAAAUGCGAAUAACUUAACACUAGAACUAGUUCGAAAACGUCCAAAACAGACAAUACUUAAAAACGAAUCCAAAACGAUAAAACAAAAACACGCAACAACAGGCAACGAAAAUUGACUCCAAACUGAAACAAUGAACACCAUAAAAACUAAAUAUAGAUGUUACUCAAUUUUUGUAUCAGGAUAAUAAUCUUCUAUAUAAAAUAAUAAAUAUAUACACCAUCAAAAGAAUACACAACAAAUAUUUCUACAAUGAACACUCACAUUCUCUACAAGUUUUACAUGAGUCCUAACAAUAUUUCCAUAAAUACAUAAACCCUCAUACUCACCUAUCAAAUUACCAUAUAUUACCCAUGAAAUCUAAAUAACAUUCAUUACCAACAGCCCUUGCAUCAGACGAUAAACAUGAGUCCAAUAUAAACUAAAACAUACGAAAAAAUACAUAGAUCUUGGCAGCUAUAUCACACCACUAUUCAAAUUGUGUAACUGCCACUAUGUCUUUUUUGACAUAGCAGUGUAGAAAUAUAAUUCUAGUGUUUGAUUUUCGUAAUCAUACAGAAUUAUAUUUGUGAUUUAAGCCAACUGAUGAGUCCAGUAGCAGGGACGAAAUCUAGAUCUUGGCAGCUCUAUCACACCCACCCACCCCCCCACCCACCCACACUCACACCCACACCAACCCACACCCACACCCACGCACACCCACACCCACACCCACACCCACACCCUUACAAUAAACUAAAUCAACUUAUAUUGUAGUGAACAAUCUUUUUUUAUAUCAGAAAAUCGAAAUAUCAAGUUUAGGUACUUAUAGUUUAAUUAUGAAAAGUUUGGUUAUUCGAUGACUAGUAAUAAGACUAUCUGUUUCUUAUGGCAUAAACUACGGUUUUCAUCAAUACUUGUCAAAUUAUCUUAAGAGAUGAUUAAUUUUGCUCAUACACAUAUCUUACGCUUGUUUAUAUAUACUGUUAAUUCAUUACACAGGCUGUAGUUUUCAUGUGUCUUAUUAAUUUCGACAUGAAAUUGUCCAUAUAUACAUUUUUAUUAUGAGCUUUUAUAUGCUGAUUAUUAAAUUAGCGAUACCGAAUGUUUACAGUCAUUUAUAAUGAUAAAUUCUUUAUGAUUGGUUUAUUCGAUAUCACCACCAUCAAUGAAUACAUUUGCUAGAAAAGCUUUUCUAGCACAUUCAAAUAAUUCUUGUUACAUUGGUAAUAAUAAGAAUUUUUACCUAUGUAUAGGAAAACAGGGUCAAAUCGAGCACCCAUGCACGAAAUCAAAUACGGUUAGAUAUGUUAAAAGCUAGGAUAGAUCAUACACUCAAAUUUCAUUAGAAUUAGAACAAAUUUUUACUUGUAAACUUAUCAUACAUAAAAUGAUAGUUUAUAAAUGUCAGAUUGUAAUUUUAGUAUGGCAUUUCAAAAUAUUUGAAGCCAUAGUCUCCCCCAAAACUACUUUUAAUCAAAUUAAUAGAUUUUAUUUUUUACACCAUUUACACAGAUACUUAAUAGAAUAUAACUUUUCUCAUUUUAUUCGUUAAUAAAAAAAUCUAUAAUGUCAAGUGAAUUUGUAUACUAAACGAGUUUUAAAGAGAAAUCCCAUACCAAUUUACAUUCCAUCUAUACGUUUGAGAAUAACUAUACAGAGUUGCGCUACUAUCUCCAUUCAACGACUUAACAUAGAUUGUAAAAUAAGUGUUUGUAGGAGAAUAAAUAGCGGUGUACCCCCCC